GAUAGAGGAGCAACAACUAGCACAUUCAGACCUGAUCAACUGAACACAAGGUUUCAUUCAAAGCAGUGGGGUGUACGGUCCUGUUAGUGACAGAGAGUUCAGCUUGAGGCUCUUGCUGGUCACGCCCCUUAUCUGGAUGAAGCAGUGGAUCAUGUCUGAGGUGAAUAUGUUGGGACAUAGUCAGUUUUCACCAUCGGAGGGAUUUUGUCUCACCGCCUCCUCAUUCUUCGAUGUGAUGGCAGACCAACCCAACCUGCCCUUGCAAGAUCCAGAUGUCUCUGCCUACGCUCAAUAUCCCAACGCACCCUUACCUUCAAUGCAGCUGUGCUCCACCACCCCUCCAUAUUACCCCAGCAACAACUACUACACCCAGUAUUCCGAUGCCUGGUACUCCUCAGCUAUGUAUGAUGCUAAGAAGCUUCCCUGUGACGCCAUCUUUCAUGAAGACCUGGAUGAGUGUGAUAUCCCAGCUACCAAGAAGUCCAGGCUGGGCUCUCUGUCUGGGAAGCUGAAAGGCGAUGAGCUGUGUGUUGUGUGUGGUGACAAGGCCUCAGGAUAUCAUUACAAUGCACUCACCUGUGAAGGUUGUAAAGGAUUCUUCCGUCGCAGUAUCACUAAGAAUGCGGUGUACAAGUGUAAGAAUGGAGGGAACUGUGAGAUGGACAUGUACAUGAGACGGAGAUGCCAGGAAUGCCGCCUAAGGAAGUGCAAGGAAGUAGGGAUGCUGGCAGAAUGUCUAUUAACAGAAAUUCAAUGUAAAUCAAAGAGACUAAGGAAAGCCCCAACACUUCGUUCUGUACAGCCCAGCCAAGAGACAUUUGAUGGAAUCGAUUCCAAACAAAUCACUUCCACCACACGACACAACAAACAUAAAAUAGAGUUCACCCAGAAGCAACAAGAACUCCUGAGACAUAUCCUCGAUGCUUUCUCCAAGUAUCGAAUCCCUCAGGAAGUGACCAGGAAGUUGCUACAGCAGAGAAGCAGUGCUGAGGAAAACUUCCUCCUGCUCACUGAAACAGCCACCAGCCAUGUACAGGUGCUUGUCGAAUUCACAAAGAAAUUGCCCGGGUUCCAGACAUUGGACAACGAGGAUCAGAUUGCCUUGCUGAAAGGUUCUGCUGUUGAGGCCAUGUUCCUUCGGUCAGCUCAGAUAUUCAGCAGGAAGAUCCCCUCCCAGCAGAGUAAAUUGCUGGAAGAUCGAAUUCGUCACAGUGGCAUAGCUGAGGAGUACAUCACCCCCAUGUUUAACUUCUAUCGCAGUAUCGGGGAGCUGAAAAUGACACAAGAGGAGUUUAGUCUUUUAACAGCGAUCACCAUUCUGUCACCAGAUCGUUCUUUUGUGAAGAAUUGGGAAGACAUUGACAGACUUCAGGAACCACUGUUGGAAAUCCUGCAGAAAUAUUGCAAACUGAACCACCCAGAGGACCCCCAGCACUUUGCCCGGUUGCUGGGCAGACUCACCGAGCUCAGGACCUUUAACCAUCAUCAUUCAGAGAUGCUGAUGUCCUGGAAGAUUAAUGAUCAGAAGUUCACACCGCUUCUCUGUGAGAUCUGGGAUGUGCAGUGAUUCCCCCUUUCCUCACGAGAAUUCUUGUGUCAAUUACAGGACCCGGUAAUUACAAAUAGCCUGGAAACUGAAGCUGCCAAUUUUGGAACGUUCUGACCCAGCGAGUGUACCCACACUGAGGAAUGUAAGCAUGUUCCUGUCACUCCCUUGCCAGUGCAAAGACUCACUCUUCACAAGCACAGUUUAACUACAAGGAUGUGACAUCUCAGCUCCAUAACACUCACCCAUGUCCAUGAAUAGCAAGGUUCUGCAGGAGAAGCACCGUGCGCCCUAUAUCUUCUUGAAUGAAGUUUGGCACUUUUUAAAUUGUCUUCAUAAUCUUAAAAUACAGACACCCUUCAAAGAUGAUGUAAGAUUAUUUGUAGUCUGUUUGAGCAUUUUGUCUUUAGUGAAUUCUACUUUCACUGAAUGUUUUUUGAGGAGGCAUAUCCAGGGUGAACUGUUGCAACAUCAAGCUUCACAACACUGGGGAAGCAUGGAGGAAAUUAAGUCCCACUCUUCCUGGAAUCAAGACAGAUUUGGUCAGAUUAUCCAAAUUUACCUGAAAGAAAAUACUUAUUCAGAAUUCUCUACUUAACAAACAAAAAGCCCUUUAUUAUGAGUGAAUCGUCCUUAUCUAAUGGCAAACAGGAAGUAGGAAUUGUUAGCUUGUAACUCAAAGGACCAAGAACAAAGAAAGCUACAGCACAGGAACAGGCCCUUCGGCCCUCCAAGCCUGCACCAAUCAAGAUCCUCUGUCUAAACCUGUCAUCUAUUUUCUAACGGUCUGUGUCCAUUUGCUCCCCGCCCAUCCAUGUACCUGUCCAAAUAUACCUUAAAAGACGCUAACGUGUCUGCGUCUACCACCUCCGCAGGCAACGCGUUCCAGGCGCCCACCACCCUCUGUGUAAAGAACUUUCCACACAUAUCUCCAUUAAACUUUCCUCCUCUCACUUUGAACUCAUGACCCCUAGUAAUUCAGUUCCCCACUCUGGGAAAAAGCUUCUUGCUAUCCACCCUGUCUAUACCCCUCAUGAUUUUGUAGACCUCAAUCAGGUCCCCCCUCAAUCUCCGACUUUCUAAUGAAAAUAAUCCUAAUCUAUUCAACCUCUCUUCAUAGCUAGCACCCUCCGUACCAGGCCACAUCCUGGUGAACCUUCUCUGCACCCUCUCCAAAGCAUCCACAUCCUUUUGGUAAUGUGGCGACCAGAACUGUACACAGUACUCCAAAUGUGGCUGAACCAAAGUCCUAUACAACUGCAACAUGACCUGCCAACUCUUGUACUCCAUACCCCACCCAAUGAAGGAAAGCAUGCCAUAUGCCUUCUUGACCACCCUAUUGACCUGUGUUGUCAUCUUCAGGGAACAAUGGACCUGAACACCCAGAUCUCUCUGUUUAUCAAUUUUCCCUAGGACUUUUCCAUUUACUGUAUAGUUCACCCUUGAACUUGAUCUUCCAAAAUGCAUCACCUCGCAUUUGCCCGGAUUGAACUCCAUCUGCCAUUUAUCUGCCCAACUCUCCAGUCUAUCUAUAUUCUGCUGUAAUUUCUGACAGUCCCCUUCACUAUCAGCUACUCCACCAAUCUUAGUGUCAUCAGCAAACUUGCUGAUCAGACCACCUACACCUUCCUCCAGAUCAUUUACAUAUAUCACAAACAAAGUGGUCCCAGCACAGAUCCCUGUGGAACACCACUGGUCACAGGUCUCCAAUUUGAGAAACUCCCUUCUACUACUACCCUCUGUCUCCUGUUGCCCAGCCAGUUUUUUAUCCAUCCAGCUGGUCACCUGGUCAGGAGCAAUCAAAGCAGUAUUGUCACAAAUUUGUGCCCCAAACAUAUCAGUUUGGUUCUGUCUGCUCUCACUCUCACUGUUGCUGCAAAAAGCAACUUUGUUUACAACACACAACAUGCUCGAAUCAAUGUGAUUUAAAAAACUGCAACCAUCGCUUUGCACAUUUAAAGCAGUAUCUUUUAUUUUGGGAGUCCACAACUCAACAGUAAAGGAGGAAAAUUAAAUGUGUGGUUUUUACAAAAGUUUUGCCUUUCCAUUCCUUUGGGCAGAGUGCAUAUCUGAAGAGAAAGAUUGCGGGAUAUAAGUUGAUGAAUUUAAUUUUGUGGAGGGACCGUUAGCCAGUUUCACAUGCAGAGCGAUGGGGAAAGAUGUGCAGAAAUGCUAAUGAUGGAUGCAAUGUUUAGUCUGUUCAAUCCUCUACAGAUAGAAAAAGAUGCAUAAGUGUUCCUUAAAUUCUCAGCUCUGACGUUAUACCAAAACUGUGUCUGACCUCUCAGGAAGAACUUACGUAAAAACUAGGAACUUUGAGCCUGCUCCAUCAUUCAAUAUGAUCAUGGCUGGUCAUCCAACUCAGUCCCCUGUUCCUGCUUUCACUCCAUACUCUUUGAUCCCUUUAGCAAUAAAAACCAUGUGUAACUCUGUUUUGAAAAUAUUUAAUGUUUUGGCCUCAACCACUUUCUGUGGCAGAGAAUUCCAUCGGCUCUCCUCUCUGGGUGAAGAACUUUUUCUUCAUCUGAGCCCUAAAAGACCUAUUGUAUUUCAUUUAGACAGUUAAAGAUCCCAGAGCCUCUAAUUUAAGGAACAUUGUGAAAUGUAUGAACGUACAAACUAGAAGCAGACCAUUUGGCCCCUUCAAACUUGCUCGACCAUUCAAUAGGAUCAUGGCUGAUUUAGCCACUCCACACUGCCACCUACUCUAGAUAAACUUUCACACUCUUGCUUACCAAAAAUCUAUCUACAUCUGCCUUAAAAAUAGUCAAGGGCUGUGCUUCCACCACCUUUCACGAAGAGAUCUCCAAGGACUCAGAGAAAAAAACUUCUCAUCUCUGUCUAUCUUCUCCCAUGAUGUCCUCCAUAUUCACUCUGUCAAGUCCUGCCAAGAUUCUCUGUUUCAAUCGCGUUGUCUCUUACACUUCUAAACUCCAGCCAAUGCAAGCCCCAUCUAUUUAACCUUUCCCUAUCAGUAAACUCCACAGCCCAGUAACUAGUCCAACAAACCUUACACUGAACCAUCUCCAAUACAUCUACAUCCUUUCUUUAGCAAGGUAACCAACACCAUCCACUCGUCAAGAAAUGUGGAGCUGGAAAAUCACAUCAGGUCAGACAGCAUCCAAGGAACAGGAAAGUCAACAUUUCGGGUCAAAACCCUUCAUCAGGACUCAGCUGUCUCCAACACUGAAUAUAAUACUUGAGAUAUAGAACAUAGAACAUUAUGGCGCAGUACAAGCCCUUCAGCCCUCGACGUUGCACCGACCUGUGAAAGCAAACUGAAGCCCAUCUAACCUACACUAUUCCAUUGUCAUCCAUAUGUUUAUCCAAUGACCAUUUAAAUGCCGUUAAACUUGGUGAGUCUACUACUGUUGCAGGCAGGGCAUUCCACACCCUUACUACUCUCUGAGCAAAAAACCUGCCUCUGACAUCUGUCCAAUAUCUAUCACCCCUCAUUUUAAAGCUAUGUCCCCUCGUGCAAGACAUCACCAUCCGAGGAAAAAGGCUCUCACUGUCCACCCUAUCUAAUCCUCUGAUCAUCUUGUAUGUCUCUAUUAAAUUGCCUCUUUGCCUUCUUCUCUCUAACGAAAACAGCCUCAAGUCCAUCAACCUUUCCUCAGAAGACCCUCACUUCAGACCAGGCAACAUCCUGGUAAAUCUCCUCUGCACCCUUUCCAAUGCUUCCACAUCCUUCUGAGAUAUGGUCUGACCAAUGCCCUGUAGCUUCACCCAGUGCCUUGAUCAACAUGUAAUUCUCAUCAGUUAAAAUCUGAUUAAACCAGCCUGGAGAAGCUUGUAUAGGCUGGAAAAUGUGCUCAUUGCUAAGUCGGUUAAUGGGCACACAUUGUAUGUUGAAAAAAUGGUCUGUACACACAUUAAUUUCUACAGCAAUGGCCAUUUCAGUGAGUCUGACAUCACAACAAUGGUUACACUUCCAAAAGUACUUCAUUCACUGUGAAGCUUUUGGAGAGAUUUAGAGACGUGAAAGGUGCUAUGGAAAUGUAAUUCCUUGCCUUAUUCCUCAAAGCAUUUUAUCAUGUUUGCUGAAACUAACGUGGACCUCGAAGAGUUCUGUGGUUUGGUAUUGAAGGCAAAUUGAGAAAUCUUUUCACACAAUUUUACUCCGAAAAGGAAGCUGUGAAACCCUCCCACGUGAAGAUAUCUUAUUUCAAAGAGGCAACCAAUCAGGUAUUACAUUGUGACUUGGGACGGAAGCUCGCUCAUGGAAAAGAAAAAGAAAUGUUGCAUUAUAUCUGAACAGGAGUAGGCCACUCAGCCCUCUGAGCCUGUUCCACUACUCAGUGCGAUCAUGGCUGAGCUGAUUUUAACCUUAGCUCUACAUUCCUGUACAUCCCCGAUAAUCUUUCAUCCCUUUGGCCAUCAGGAAUCUAUCUACCUCUGUCUUAAAAAUACUUAAAAAUUCUGCAUCUUUUGCCUUUUGAAGAAGCGAAUUCCAAAGAUUCACAACCCUCUGAGAGGGAAAAAAAGAAUUUCUUCAUCUCUGUCUUAAAUAGGCACCCCCUCAUUUUAAACAGUGACCCCGUCCCCGCCCCCCGGAUCUCAAUUCUUCCACAAAAGGAAACAUUCUUUCCAAAUCCGUCUGGUCAAGUCCCCUUAGAUUCUAAUAGGAUUUAAUUAGUUCAACUCCGACUCUUGUAAACUCUAGAGGAACCAGACCCAGACUGUCCAACCUUCCCUCAGUCCACUUAUUCCAAUCUAACCAUUGUGAAGCCAUUACAGGGUAGAGAAUUACAUCAGCAUCAAAUCUGAACGCAUUGCAGUUCACAUUCAUAAUGUGUUGCAUGUUGAAGUUAUUAAGGAAUUCUUACUCACACUAUAUAACGAUUAAUUUAAUGUGAUAACAUUAUAACUAGCAUUGAUGCCAUGAUCAGAAAAAUAUUUGUGAAA